AUUUGCACAUUGUGAGUCUCAGCUAGCACCUUCUUGCCAAUAGGUAGAAACUGUCUGCAUGAACCUCCUGAGACGUUUAUGGCCCAGUGCUGUACAUAAGAGAGGCCGCACGUUCGUCACAUGAGCAUAUUGACGCCUCCCGCGAAAGAGUUAACGUCGAAGGAACUUCCUGCUUUAAAAUGGCCGCAUCGAAUCUGGUGACAUGCCUGGCGCUUGCAACUAUGGCAGCUGGUGGCUUUCUACCGGGUCGUCCAGAACCUGUUGACCUCGUUAGGGUGGUACAAGCGUUCCCCCAAUUCGUGAACGUCUUCACUUCUACCAACGACACCGUUAUGCUGUGCACAACUGCCACUCGUUCAUACGUGGAUCUUGAGCAGAAGAAGGGCAGCUAUGUCUGGGAACUGAAAGGGCACGGUGGAACUGCCAAAAGAAACCUUACUGUCAAUUGGCAAGAAGGAGAUUCCCCUGACCGCCCCACCUACUAUAUCGACAAUGAUCCGACGCACCAUCACGUUGGUCAUUGCCUCUACACCGACUACGACGCAUGUUUGGUGCUGAAAAUGUUUGUCCUUCACUAUGAUCAGUGCAUGCUGUGGGUAAAGCCCGAAGUCGUUGAUGAAAUUCCUCGACACUGCCGUCAAAACUACGAACGGUACUGCCACGUCAGACAAGCGAUGUACAACCGAGAACUGUGCGAGGACAACCAAUAAAGACAAAAAUGCCGUCCAAGCUGAACUUGAGUGUGCCUGAAAGUGUAUUACGGUCGUUGUUGACGAGCAUUUUAUACAGGCCUAACUGCCGUGACGUCUGCCUUGUUCUCUUCGUCCCCAUUCACUCGCA